CUGAACGUGUGCAGUUGAGCCUUUUUUAAGUCACUGUGCAGAACUUUCUUCAGCUUUUUGUAAGAACUGCACUGAGUAGAAAAUGCCAGGCCUAGAUUGCAGGAAAGCACAGACAUGAGUAGCAAACCCACAAAGAUCUGGGGUUUGCAGUGGCCUACAACUUUCCAGAGUGCAGCUCUCUCUUCAGAUGUCUUCCGCCUUCUACACUUUUGCAUCCUUGAGCUCUUGUUUUCAGUGAACUGAAGCACGGAGAGGAUGAGGAAAGAUUUUGCCUUCAAUAACUGAACUAAAAGACACAAAAUCUGCUCAAAAUUAAGGUCAACUUUCAGAAUGAAGGUGAUUGUGUUGUUUGUGUUUGUGCUGGGUGCACUCUCUGCUGCAGGUGAAGAUUUCUUUGCAAAAGUCGCGGGGAAAGUCACAUUGAAGUGUGGGGUCAGCAGCUACACACGCUCUCUGCAGUGGCAUCAUGGAAAAGACCUUCUUCAUAGUGUUGAUCAGAGAGGCUUCCCUCGCAAAGGCGGUGUUGAUCUUGUACGGAGGUCAGUCGUGAGACAGACGAAUCUGGAAAUCUCCAGUGUGACAGAAACAGAUGCUGGAGAGUUCACAUGUUCGACAGAUGGGACACGUCAUGAACAUUCACUUGCUGUGUUCUCAGUUUUGGUCUCUGUCCAUCCCUCUGCUGUUCUCAAGCUGAACGAUGAGGCAACGCUCCAGUGUGAGGUGAAAGGUCAGCACAAAGGUUGUGAAGUGAAGUGGAAGACUCCAAAUACAAAGUCACCCACAGAUUCAUCAACAGUUCAACUGAAACCUGUAACAAACUCACAUAACGGGGCCUGGGAGUGUAUCAUCACCUGUGGCAGCAAUACGUUUAGUCAGAGUCUGGCCAUCACAGUACAAGAGCCUCCAACUACAACAACAAAGUCACCAUCCAAACCGGACAGCAACAGUAAGAAAACCUGCGACACAUGCGGUAACGAUGUUGCUUCAGCGGGGCUGUUGGGGCUCGCCUGGUGGGUGUGGGUUGCCAUUGGCGUUGGCUGCCUGGUUGCGAUUCUCCUGAUGGUUUGUGUCAUUGUCUUGUGCGUGAGAGUCAAAAGAAGGAAGAAGAGAUUUCUGAAGAUGAAGGGCCAACAACGACCGAGGCAUAAGAAAUACUGCCAGUGUGACCACCCAACAGCUGCAGCAAAACCGAAGCAAGGACGCCGGAGAGAGAAGCCAUCAGCCCUCCCUCUGCACCCCGCCUAAUGGAGUGACAUGAAAGGCAGAUUGAAAGGAGGGGAGAUGCAGGAGAAUAAAGAGUGAAAGAGAGGAGGGGCAAGGAGGAAUAGAUGGAGAUAAGGAGUGAGUGAUGGAGAACCCCAGUGCGGACACGGCGUGAAUGUAAAUUAGGCUUUUAAUGCAAAUAAAAAUGAAAUGUAACGAUGUAGGAACUUUUUGUGUAGGCGUUCUUUCUGCAAGUAUAAUUCCCGUCUGAACAUUGUUUGUCUUAAACAUUUCACCCCUCCACCCCACCUCCACCCCUCUCCAUCCACCCACCGGAUGUCCUUGGGCUCUCCUCCCAAUUCCUGUCACCUGACUCCCCACGCUCACCUGCAUGUCUCCAGUCAGUGAGCCGUGACCUCCUCGGCUGUUUUCCUUGUCAGAUUGUCAAUCUUCCUCCAAGUGUUGUUGCUUCUUUUUUAUUUUAUUUUUGUGUGUUUUUUGUUUUUUUGGCCUGUCUGCCUUUUAAGCACAAUUGUAACUAAAGAUCUGCACUCGUUUUGCCUGUUUGGCUGCACUCGGGUCAACAUUUAUACGUCAUUUUAAAUUUAACGCAUUUAUCGA